GUUUCAAAACCACCCAUCUCCACGACAGGCACUAUCAACCACGCUUCAGAUGCACACAUAUACUCGACUCCUAUUCAAUGCGUCCACCACACCCCAUUUAUCCAUCUUAAUCCGGCCACGGACCACUGGCACCUCCCUAAACCGUGCUAUCACCUGUGACCAUGCACCCAAGAGACCCUCGAAUCCGUCAAACCAUCAACCAGAUAUCCCAAAACAUCGAGUCUGCAAAUGAAACCGCCCAGGAGGAGAUAUAUGCCUUCUCUCACAACUACUUAGCCCCCUGCUUCGCUUCAAUCCGUGAUUGCAUAGGCACAUGCACCGCGUCAUGCUUCCCCCGCCGAGACGAUGUCUUGCGUCGUCGGAAGCGCGGAGCGUCGAGGGGGAGAGCUGAGCUGAAUUUCGACUUUUACGAUGACUGGGACUACGAUGAAGAUGUGAUGGGUGAUCAACCCCUAGGGUGGGGAAACGAUGAGCUGGACAGACUACUUGCGGGGAGUAGUGGAAGUCGUGACCAGCCGCGCAGGAACCGACGUAUGAGUUAUGGCGCGCGUGGUGGGCGCAGGAAAAAUUCCAUCCUACAGCCCGAUGAGAGACAGGAUCCGACGGUGAUCCCGAGUUCGUCGUUUCUCGGGUUCUUGCAACGCUUUCCAUGGCGAAUAGGGGCUCGAGGGAUAAGGUACAGGCCGUCCGCGGCUGAUAUGCAGGAGAACCCUGGUGGUCUGAAGAGAAACACACUCGAGAACGAGCCCCUCUUGGAAGGUAGCGAGGAAAGUGACGAGAAUGCGCAGAAAGCGGACCGUGGAGAUGCUGCUACCAGACAGAGAAGCAGUACGCAGUCGUCACAAGGCACUAGCACCUCGCUAAGCUCACGGGGUGAUCUUAUUCUUGGCGAUGAGGAAGAAGAUGCAGUCCCUCUGAGCGACGAAUUUGCCAUGGCACUUGAACGAAGACCCACCAACCUUGGAGACGAAUCUGCCUGGCCUCGGAGGUCCGUAUCGGGAACCUCCACCUCGGGGGGAUCCAGACACACUGGCAAAGGGAAAGGAAGACGCGGAACGAGAAGAAAUACCACUGCCUCCAAGAAAUCAUCUAAAGCGUCUUCUGGUGUGAAUACGAUCGAUCAAGCAGCCCUCCCUGUUCCUUCCAUUGCAGAUUUACAACGGGAGGAAGAACAAGUGCAAAUGGAAGAAGAGAUGGAAAUAGAACGGAAACGGCAGGCUGCACAGAGGCUCGCCCGCCGGAGAGGCUUGAGUGUCAAUGGCGGAAAACUUGAGGUAGUGAACAUCAUCCAUAUUGCUCACGGCGAGACUCCCGCUCAGGAUAAACUUCUGCCGUCUAGCCAGGAGUUCUCUGUUCCUGAUUCAACACCUCUUUCUAUCCCGGAUGCCAUCCCGGGCGAUGGACCUGAUGACACUAGUAUUGCAUCUCCGCCCUCCAAGCCUCAGCCAACGGACAUUGAAUAA